GUUCCGUUCAGUGGAAUUUCCAGUUUAUCCGGUACCGGACCGCACUGGAAUGGAACAGAGUAGGUAGUUCUGUUGCUUCUGAGCUUACUCGAUCAGUUGUAUUCCAAACACGGCAGUAGAAACAUCAUAAUGCGCUUCCAAGCUGCAUCACACGCAACCUUGGCGAUCGCACUGUUCUGUCUGGCGCUGACCGCCCUAGUCAAAGGUCUCGUUGAAGAUGGUUCCAAGGGAAGACGAUUCAUCUGCCACUACACAUCGUGGUCCCGUUUGCGGCAGGGAGACAAAGCCUACACGAUCGAGGACAUUCCCGGAAAUCUUUGUUCCCACGUAGUGUACAACUUUGUCGCAGUUCAUGAGAAAACCUUUGAGGUGACCGCUAUGCAACCCGAGUUCGAUAUCGAUGAGAACGGUUUUGGGCGGUUUGCGGCGUUGAAGGAUAAGUUUCCGAACUUGAAACUGCUGGCUGCCAUCGGGGGUUGGGGUCAUGGCGGCGAGAAGUUCAGCAACAUGACCGAGACACGCGAUCGACGUAAGCGGUUUGUGGCAAGUGUAGUGAAAUUUUUACACAAAUAUGGUUUCGAUGGAUUGGAGGUGGUUUGGCUGUAUCCUGGCAAUUUCGAACGCGGAGGAAGUGUGAACGAUAAGGAUAAUUUCUACUAUCUGGUUCGGGAGACUCAACAAGCAUUCACGGAUGCAGGCCGAGGGUGGGAAGUAAGCGUGCAAGUUCCAGCGGAUAAGUCACGACUUGAAGUGGGGUAUCAGAUCGAUGCACUUUGCGAGGCAGCAGAUUUUAUUCAUGUGAUUGGCUAUGAUUUACGCGGAUGGUGGAACAACUUUGCGGAUGUGCACAGCCCGUUGGCGGACCGACCUCACGAUGAAGGUAACUUCGCCGGGUUGAACGUACAAAAUGGAGUUAAUCUUUGGCUGCAUGGAGGGUGUCCGGCAAGUAAGAUAGUUCUCGGCGUCCCAAUGUUUGGUCGAACAUAUCUUCUGGAUACACCGGAGGGAAACAGCGUCGGAUCGCCAACAAUCGGAGCUGGGUCGGCCGGCGAAUUUACCAACGAGCCAGGAUACCUUGGGUACUGUGAAAUUUGCACUAUCUUACCAAGUAUGACUCUACAGUGGGACGAGAAGGCGCAGUGCCCGUAUGCGUUUAAUAAAGUCGAGUGGAUAGGAUAUGAGGAUGACCGUUCUCUGAAGGCGAAAAUUGAUUGGGCAGUACAGAAUCGGCUGGCUGGAAUCUAUGCAUUUUCGCUUGAUUUGGAUGAUUACCGUGGUAAUUGUGGAAAGCCGUAUCCAUUGACCAGAGUUAUACAAAAAUAUUAUGAAGAAACUAAAAAGGAUACUCUUAUAACGUGGUCCAGUGGAUAAAAAUUAAUGUGAUUUUAGGUAAAUAAUAUUUAACAUAAUUAUCAUAAAAAUGUACCUAUAUAGAAGAAACUAUUAAUAGCUAAUCUAUGACAAUACUCUACAUACUAUAGCUUCCCAAACUUUAUUACGAGACCCCCAACCACUUGCAAGAGUGUAUGUCAUUUAUAUUGCACAAACCGCAAGAUCACAGCAGAUUUUGAGGUCACGAGAGCCAAGUUUGGAAAACGCUAUAUACUAUGUUAUGAAAUAAAAGAUAGUCCACACAUGUAUAAUACUUUGCAUUAAUUCUAUUAAUUCUGUUUACUACUUUCGGAAGCCUAA